AUGUUGGUUGUUCUGGGCAACCGUUUGUCGGGUGUAACUGAAAUGGAUUCUCAAAUGUACAAAAUAACUGACUUUGAAGUAAUCAGCUUUUUAAACUCGAAAAACGUCAAUAGUGUGAUGAGCGAUAGAACAGACCAUAUUAUUCAUUAUGAGACGCUAGAAAGAAGUUUGAGUGGUACUUCAUCUAAGAGCACACAAGUGAUCAUCCCAUAUUUCCACCCUGAGCUUUUAAACCUUUCGCAAUAUUUCAACGAUGUAACGAAUUGCUUUAUAAAGGACAUUCAAAUGUGUCUCCCUUUAUCUAUCAAGUUGUAUAAGUACUACAAUCAUUCAACAAAUUCAGGUGCACGGCAUAUAAUAUGGUUUUUAAAUAAUCCAGUAACGAAGGUAAAAUUGGUAGGGUGCGUGUUAGGGUACAAUUGGCGCAAACGAGGUGGCACGAGCUAUUUGUUUCUUCACCUGGAUGACUGCACUGGGACCAUCUGGUGUGAGUGCAACAAGCUCAUAUGUACUGUAUCUCAAGCUGAGAGCUUGGUUGGGCGCACUGUAGCGGUUCAUGGCUUUGUGAACUUGCCAAGUAACACCGGAAAUAACAGUAAUUUGUUUAUGAAGUCGGAUAGUGUAACGCAGAUCGGUAAUCUAAGUGAUGAAAUCCAGUUUUGGGAGGUCACUAUGCUUUGUAGGAAGCAGCUGCAACAUGUGUGGGAACUUGAAGUGAGUGUUAUUGAUAGUUUUUAUACUCAAACCAUUUCGACGGACGUAGGCCAACCGUUCUCAGGAGAGCCUAACUCAGGAACUACAGUUGAUGAAACCACUAUGGAAAUCGCAAGCCCCAAUGAAGAAAAGUCCAGUUUGGCCGAUUCCCUAUCUAAUGAUUCUGGUGAUAAUAGUGAUAGAGAGCUUUCUGAUUUGAAUAGUAUCUUUAAUGAAACUAUUUAUCUAAGCGAAUACAAUAAAAACCUUCAAUCCGAUGGGAAGUUGGAAACAAGCAGUGAUGAUUCUGACCGCGACGACCUGCCCGUAGUUCAAACUAUACAAGUCCGGUACACUAUGAAUCAGUAUAAAGAAGCUUUGUUAGAGUGGUUCCUGGCAAAUUCUUCACUAGCUGAAGUCCCCUAUCUUGAGCCAAUGGAUAAAGUAGACGUGCUGUCCCAGAUUUUGGAUUCAAUUGCAACAGUACGAUUUCACAAACAUCCAGAGUCCGGUUUAUCUAUAGGGGGUAUUAAGCAAAAAUUGUACGCUGAUGUAAUUGCUAAUUUUGCGUCCAUGGGCGUUAUAUCAGUUAUAAAUCAGCAAUAUAUAAUACCUGCCAUUGGUUCGCUGAAACAGUAUAUUAAUUCCAGAUUUGAAACAUGGACUAAGUUAGAGAUAAUCUCCGGGAAAAUAAUCUAUAAGCAAGUUAGAGAAAUAUCUGGCCUUACACAAAUGACAACUAUGUUCAUAAUAAUGUUGGUCAAAGUUCUCCUACGCAAGUACCUCUCAAAAAUGGUAACUUCUGUCGACAAUUGGUACCUGGAUGCGAAAUCGGAAGUCCAAGGCUACAUAAUAGUGAGGUUCUACUAUACUAAGUUUAAUCCAAAGAAAUCGCAUUAA